AUGGCGCUCCGCCGAUUCAACGCAGGUGGAAAGAAGCAGAAGGAGCUCACCGAGGAGCAGAAGCAGGAGAUCAAGGAGGCCUUCGACUUGUUCGACACCGACGGCUCCGGCGAGAUCGACUCCAAGGAGCUCAAGGUGGCCAUGCGCGCUCUUGGCUUCGAGCCCAAGAAGGAGGAGAUUCAGAAGAUGAUCUCCGACGUGGACGAUGAUGGCUCGGGCACCAUCGGCUACGAGGAGUUCCUGAAGAUGAUGACCCACAAGAUCCUGAACCGGGACCCCAAGGACGAGAUCCUCAAGGCCUUCCGGCUCUUCGACGACGACGAGACGGGGAAGAUCUCUUUCAAGAAUCUGAAGCGUGUGGCCAAGGAGCUGGGCGAGCGCAUGACCGACGAGGAGCUUCAGGAGAUGAUCGACGAGGCGGACCGCGACGGGGACGGCGAGGUCAACGAGGAGGAGUUCCUGCGCAUCAUGAAGAAGACGAACCUCUUCUGA